ACAGAAUAUUUACUUUUUGUUUAAAUCGUAUAAACUUAUUUUGAAUAUUUUUAUCAUUAGUAAAGUCUGUUUAAAGUAUAAUUGCAUAAUGGCGCGCAAGAAACGAUCUUUAAAUAAGGAAGACACCUCCGACUUCGAAACCCCUCGAACUUUGAUUCAACAAGUAAUAUCGCACGGUGACAAUGAAAAAACUAUUCAAAGAGAACGUAGAAAAACUAGAAAAUCCAAACUACUGACAAUUGAACAGCCAGAUACAUUACAAAGCGGCACCGACGAUAACGCCCAGGAAAAUGACAAAACCACGGUAGCUGUUGAGACAAGUUUGGUAACCCCCCGUACAGCGUUGCACGCAGUUAUUAAAACACAUGAUGUCAUCAAUACUGUUAAACCAAGUAACCGACACAAGAAACUAACAGAAUCCCUCGUACAAAUACCUGAUAGUGAGCUCCAGGAGUUGGUUGACCAAGAAUCCUCUAAACAACUUGAACCACCGCAAAGACAUGAAAACGAACAAAAUCCAGACACCUCAAUAAACGAAUAUCGAAGAAAAUUAAACGAAAAAUUAAGGAAAUUGAAGUUACAUACCCGAGAAAAUACCUCCAUUCAAUUAGAACCAAACAUAGAACUUCCUACAUUGCCAACAUUCCAUUCAACACAACUACAAAACGAUUCAUCUGAAUAUAUUGAAACAUUUUCACAAAAACUGAAAGAAAAACUUCUUCCAUUCAAAACUCAACUUUCACAGAUCGAAAAAUCACACCAAGACGAAGUUAUCUUUGAAAAUGAAAACGAGGAAAAUGAUAAUCAACAUAGCGAUCAACUUGUUGAAAAUAUUUCUAAAGAAAAGGGAAACCACGAUAGCAUAGAAGUUUUCAUGGAAAAGGAAAAUAAUGAAAAGUUUGAAAAUGCAGCAGAUCAAUCUGUGGAAAAUGUGUCUCAAGAAAUGAAAAGCCAAGUUGAUGGAUUGGUUAAAAAUGUUGACCAUCAACAAAGUAACAUUGGGGGUGUGGAGGAUGCAAACAUGGAGGAACAAGUUAUCGUGGCGACAAACAAUCAUGACGAAGACUUCAAUGCUGAUGGCCAAGCAUCGGGUAACGAUAAAGAUGACAACCAAGUUGAUCAAGACGACAAUGAAGCAAAUUGGCAAGAUGUUGUCCCGCCAUCUUCACCAUCCGACGAAGACAUGGAAGAUCCGCUUCUUGUCAGGUCUUUCCAUGAGGAUAAUUUGGGUGAUAAACCUAUUCAAGAUGCAACAAAGGUUCUUAUGACAUCACAAUCACUUAAUAAAAGCAAACAAACAAAGUCUUCUGUCAAGAAAAAGAGACCGGUGCCAAAUAUGACGAGAUUGGUCACCGCUGGCCAAACAUCCUUUCAUAAGAAUAAGAAACCAACGAAGCGGAACUUACCUGUUUCAAGAAAACAACUUUAUGGGAUCAUGCAACAUUAUUGUGCCAAUAAAGUUACCAAAGGAGCAAUGGAUUUAGUUGAAGAAUGUUUCGAGAAGUUCUUCAAACAGUUAUGUCAUGACAUUGAAACAAUGACGUUACACGGCGGUAGAAAGGUUGUCACGAUGGCCGACAUUGAACUUGUUAUGAGAAGGCAACGAUUUGUAACCGAUGAAAAGCCGUUACAAAUAAUAAUUGAAGAAAAUUUCCCGUUGGAAUACCGAAGAUUGUUUAUUCCUGUGGCUGGUUCUGUUGCUAACAAGGAGAAAUGAAACUUUAUAUUUCUGUAUCAGCACUGUCAUGUUAUUGUACAUUCACUUUGACUUUGAUUUAUUUCAUUCACAACACGGACAUUACUUGUUUAAUUGUCAAAGUGAGAGAAAUAUGAAAAAGGCAGGAGAGAAGAAAUGUCUGUUCAAAUAUUUGUUUAAUUGCACUUUGCUAUUAUUGCUAACGCUGCUCAAUUUUGUUUUUUCA